AUGGAGACAUGGCUCAAAUCGAAGGCAGAUCAGUUGGCACAGGCGGCCCAAGAUCACGUGUCGGCUGUGCAGCAAUCUGCUUCAAAGCUGGCGGUUGCCUUUGAUCCAGUGGGAGCAUUACCGGACGACUUAAAGGAUGUGGAGUUUCGAGACGGACCGCUCGGCUUUACCUUGGAGGGCAACCUCGUGGUUUCUGUUCAGCCGAGCUCGCAGGCUGAACGGCUCGGGGUGGAGAUUGGUGAUCGCCUGGUCAAAAUUGACGGCUACGAGGUCCCGAGAUACGAGACGGAUUUCGAGGAACAGCGCGCCCGGAAAGUCAUCGCAAAGUGGCUCAAGGAGAUGCCUCGACCAGCUAUCCUCACCUUCGAACUGCAGCAAGAUCUCGGCGAGGAAGUGGCCAAAGAGACGCCGCAGCCUCGCUCCGAAGAGGCGCCCAAAGCUGGCGCCGUGCAGGUUCUUCAGGCAGAGCUGCAGCGCACACAGGAGGAGCGGAAAAAGCUGGCAGCCGAGCUCAAGGACAGCCAGGAGGCCUGUGGCCAAUUGUCAGCUCAAGUGGAGUCCCUGAAGAAAGAGUCUGUGCCGAAUCUUCGCCGACUGUCUGAGAUGGAGGAGCAACUGCAGACGCUGCGCACCCAGAACAAGGAGUUGGUCAGCGCUGUCAAUGCUAGCUCGACAAGCCGGGCUGACGAGGAAUUGCUGAAGCUCCGCCAGGCACUUGCAGCCACACAGGAAGCCAGCCAAGCUGCUGUACAGGCAGCACAAGCCAAAACCGCAGCGGCAGAGGAUAAGUACUCGGAGCAAAAGCAGGAGGUGCAAGCUCUGCUUCUGCAAGUUGCAGAUCUCACGGAACAGGCGGAAAACCGCAGGCUGCAGAUUGAGCCCAUGGAGAAGGAGCUCCAAGGCCAGGCUCGGAGCGGUCUUGCGACAGCAGUCAGCAGUCUCUCCCUGCAUCGUGCUUUCAGAUGCGUGCAGAUGCUUUCAGGCUUUCAGGCUGCCCAUGAGGCCGAGCUGGAUCUCUUUAGGGAGGAGCAAGCCAUGCGGAAAGAGCAGCACCAACAGGAGAUUGAGGAGCUGCAACGUCGUCUGGGAGAUCAGCAGAUCAAGGCUGAUCGAGAGCUUCAAGAUGCGCAACUACAGCUGCAGAAGUCCAAAGAGGCUCUGCAGGAAGCCCAGGUAAAUGCCGAAGCCGCGGCUGUGGAAGCGACUGCUGCAAGGCGUGAAGUUGAAGCCCUUCGCUCCAACCAGUGCCUGGAGCCUGAAGCUCUGCUUGCCGAGCGCGAUGGCGAAGAAGAUCGUGCAGAUCCUUCUCCCGUGGGCGAUAGCCUUCAGGUACUGGAGCUGCGCAAGAGGAUCAAUCUCUUGGAGACCAGGUGUGCUACUUUGCAGAGGCGGCUGCGCUCUCAGGAUGCCGUGACCGGCACGAGACCGAGCUGGGAGCUUCGGCUGGCCGCUCUGGCAGGUCCCCACGUUGCCGCUGUCGCUGUGGCACUGCACCGCUGGUCUCUGAGCGGACUUCGUGGCUUCACGGAGCGCUUGCUCAAGAGCGAGGCCUGGCUUUGGGUCUUUUAUGCUCACCUGCUGGUUCUGUAUACCAUCUCAGCUUCGUGCUCUGUACAAACCACAGCAGAUGCUGGAAGAGGUGCUGUCGAUACCUUGAAUGCCCAGCUGGCUGCCAUGGCCGGAAGCAGCACUCCAGCCGCAACCCAUUUGCGGGGAAGCUGA